UCCCACAGACGCGUCACUAGUCAGUAAGCGGAUUGAGUCUGUUCAGUCAGCGAAACUAUAUUAGAGAAGACACUACUCAUGUUAUCAUUCAUACACUCGUGAUUAAUUGUAUAACGUUACACUUUUCUUGUAAGCCACGAUGCUUGCCAUAUUUAAAAAGAUAAAAGACCGCGUCGAGGCUUUCUUGAACGAGAAGAACAUAGUCACUGACUGUCUCAAUAAAAUCGAAGAAAAAACAGGCAUCAAGAAACGUUAUUUAGCGCUCGGUGCUGUUGGUGUGACUGGAGCGUAUUUGUUAUUUGGAUAUGGUGCUUCUCUGCUCUGUAAUCUGAUUGGUUUUGUUUAUCCAGCAUAUUACUCUAUCAAAGCCAUAGAAAGUCCUGAUAAGGAGGAUGACACACAAUGGCUGACAUACUGGGUAAUCUACGGCUUCUUUAGCGUGGGUGAAUUCUUCUCUGACAUUUUCCUCCACUGGUUUCCUUUCUACUAUGUAUGUAAGUGCUUGUUCCUGUUGUGGUGCAUGGCUCCAGUCUCCUGGAAUGGUUCUCAGAUUCUGUACAGGCAUGUGGUGCGGCCACUUUUCCUGAAGCAUGAAGCCAAAGUAGACGAGAUGGUCAGCGGUAUAGGCGUGAAGGCCAUGUCAGCAGCCGAGAACGUCACGAGAGAGGUUCUUACCACUCUGGUGAGAAACCGGACUAUUGGUCCAGCUGAGCCUGAAGCCAGAAGACUGCCCAGUUCAUCUACUACUGAACCAUCUGUUGAUUAAAUGAUUUACAGAUGGCAAAAUUGAUCUGAGGAGACAAAUCAUGUGACAACAACAUGCAAGAGAUGCAGCAUCAUAUUAAAGACGUGACAGCAGAGUCAUAUGGUCUCAUUAUAUAGAACUCAGUGAGUGAAUUGAUGCCUGAUUUUCAGACAGCCGCUGUCAGGAGUGGAGUUUUGAAUUUUAUAGUUUAACAAUCUGGUGUGAUUAAUUAUGUUGAUCAUUUAUUUGUAAUUCUUUGCUCAGUUUAUAAAUUUGUCCAGAUUGUUUAAAUGUCUUCAGCAUUUAAACACAGCAAAAAAUAAACAUACUGUAGGAAAUUCAACAGACAACAUUACAUUUUUUGUAGUAAUAUAUAUUGUAUUCAUUGCAUCUGUCAAGGAUUUUGUAAUGUUGUUAUGAUAAAAUAUCUAAGUCUUCAA